UUCGGAAUACAGAAAAUAUGGAGUGGGAGUAGCGAAUGUUCACAAUCAGAUCUGAGUAUUCUGAGUGUGAAAGAUCAUGAUGUUUUUAUAUGUAUAGUGCACAAGCACGCGCACUUGUCACAUAUUUGUUCAUAUUUAUAAACAAGUGAGAGAGAGCGCUACAUUGUAUAAAAUAAAAUAUAAAAUUACAUAAAUUUUUAUAACGCAAUAAUAAUGAGUAAAGUUCUCUUUACAAUUCUUUUUUUGAUCUUGGCAAGUCAAGGCGAUAGCUUGUAUUGUUACAGAUGUAACAGUAAUCAUCCUGGAUGUGGAACACCUUUAAAUUGGUUAUGGUAUUGGGGAGAAACUUGUCCAGAAUAUGAUGACAAAUGUGUGAAAAUUAUUGAACGAAAAGGAGCCGAAACAAUUAUUACACGUGAAUGUCUAAGCUCUGUACGUAGCUUUAGAACAGAUAUUCCUGCAGAUCAUUACGAGGGUUGUAGACCUGCUGCUAAAGAUGUACGAUUAGGCCAUUAUGUUAAUAAUAGUAUUCAUCAGUUAGAUAUACACCGCGAUUAUUACGAUGAAGUUACUUGGUGUUUCUGUUACUUUGAUCAUAGAUGUAAUAGUGCAAAGAAAGCAACCGUUUCAAUAUUGUUUGUAACUUUAAUAAUUGCCAUAGAAUAUUUUAUAUCUUGAGAUUAUUACUCAAUCUCUUACGAAAUGUUCAAAAGCACUUUAAUAAUACCUUCAGAAAGGAAAAAUUUACAAGAUAUAUCUAUUAUUAUCUGCCAUUAUAUUACAUAGAUAAUUAUGAUAUUCUUUAAGAAAUAAUUUAAAUGUGAAAUUUUGAAUAAGUUGAGAUUAUAACUUCUCAAAUAAGGAACAGAGAGUAGAACUUAUAGUAGAGGAAAUUAUUUAGUAGCAAUUGAACAUGAUUGAUUCUUACUUUACUUUCAAAUCCAGCAAAUCAGCAUUGAAUGUUACAAGAAUAUAACAGUUUUCUCUGCUGAACACAGCCAAUGUUAACAAAUAAGAGUAGCUAAAGUUUUAAGUUAGAUGUGAUACAAUAAAGGACAAAAAUAUG